UUUAAGGGACUUUCAAUGGAGAUGUUCUUAUCGGUAAGCGGGGUCAGCGAAUUGGCUUGCCUGGUGGGGGUUCUUCCCGGGCGGUGGCUGGCGGCAGACGCUUAUCUCAUUUUUUCUGCACCAGAUUUCUAAACUUUUUAUGCUGAUAACCCUCGAAGUACAAUUCAUAUACAAUUGCCAGGCACAGCAAGUUGAAAAUGGCCAAUCAUAUUACGAAACCAAAGAAGGCCAAGUCCAAACGGACUCCCGUCCGUCUACGGCAUAAGAUCGAGAAGGCCUCGGCCGCAAAGCAGCGCAAAGCCAGAAAAGAAGCCAAGAAGAACCCCCAAUGGACGUCCAAGCUGAAAAAGGACCCGGGUAUCCCCAACCUGUUCCCCUACAAGGAGAAGAUCCUACAUGAGAUUGAAGAGGGUCGACGGAGGAAACAAGAGGAACAACAACGUCGGAGGGAGCUAGCUAAGGCUGUAAAGACCGGUUCUACGAACGAACCUGAGAUGGACGAGGAUGCUAUGGACGGCGCUGAGGAUGGAGACUUCGACGGAUUUUCUGAAGACCAUGAUAAUACGAUGGACGAGGAUGAUGUAGAUGAUUCCUCAGAUCCUAUGGCAGCACUUAUUGCGAGCGCCAGAGCUGCCGCUGAGAAGUAUGAUCGCGAACUCCAAAGUGGGGACGAUAUAGACGAAGGCGAGUCAUCAGAUGGCGAUUUCGAAAAUGGAAGCGCUGAAAUGCACGCUCAAUCCUCGUCGCGGAAAGCCCACGACAAGGUCUUCAAGCAAGUCGUAGACCAGGCCGAUGUCGUCCUCUACGUUCUAGAUGCCAGAGACCCCGAAGGAACGAGGUCAAGAGAAGUUGAGCGCAUGGUGAUGGCCGCAGCAAGCGGUGGCAAGAGGUUAAUUCUCAUUCUCAACAAGAUCGACUUAAUCCCGCCGCAUGUCCUCAAGGACUGGCUCACGUACUUGCGGAGAUAUUUCCCUACACUUCCACUACGCGCUUCUAGCUCCGCGCCUAAUGCGCAUACCUUCAACCACCGCGAUCUCACCGUCCAAAACACCUCAUCCACGCUCCUCAAGUCCCUAAAAUCCUUCGCUGCUACUAAGCAACUCAAGCGCGCCGUGUCAGUCGGUGUUAUCGGCUACCCUAACGUCGGCAAGUCUUCCGUCAUCAAUGCGCUACUCUCGCGACUUGGCGGCGGUCGCAGCGCAGCUGCUUGCCCCGCGGGCGCCGAAGCGGGUGUAACAACAAGCAUCCGCGCAGUUAAGAUCGACAGCAAGCUCACGCUUCUUGAUUCCCCUGGAAUUAUAUUCCCUUCUGCGUCGGCGCCGACAGGCGAGGCUCCAUCAAAGAAAAGCGCCGUGGAGGCGCACGCUCACCUGGUUCUUCUCAACGCCAUCCCACCAAAGCAGAUUGACGACCCGAUACCGGCUGUCACGCUGCUGCUUAGGAGACUAGCGGCGUCGCCGGAACUCCUCCAGAAACUUAUGGAUGUGUAUGAUAUCCCACCGCUAAUGACAGCUGCAGAUGGAGACGCUACGACAGAUUUCCUGGUCCAAGUCGCGCGGAAGCGUGGACGGCUUGGGCGCGGCGGAGUGCCGAAUCUGACGGCGGCUGCUAUGACGGUCGUGACAGACUGGCGUGAUGGACGUAUACAGGGAUGGGUUGAUGCGCCUGUGUUGCCGGUCGCGACGGAGAUGCCGGCUACGACGGGGUCGUCGAGCGUGCCGACGGCUAUGCCCGAUCAGAAGGAGAUUGUUACAGAGUGGGCGAAGGAGUUUAAGCUUGAGGGUCUGUGGGGCGAUGAUGGGGAGAAGGAGGGAGAUAAGAUGGAGCAGUGAGAGAGCUGUUUGUUCACGCUGAAGUUUAAUGCCUUAAGAAAGAAGAGACUGGAGAGAAAUAUAUGAUACCGAAUCCGGAAUAGGGUUGAGAAUUGAGGAGGGUGUGGGUGCGAAUGCGCCGCGACUUACUUAGCCUAACUUGACUUAUAUUCAGGACUGGAGUUAGGGACUAGGAAAAUAGGUUGCGCCUCGAGACGUUGCUUUGAUAGUCUUGAUCUGGUCUUUAUUGGUUGGUAGAUAUCGGAUAAGUAUGAUGAAGUGAAUAUUACCAAGUCCCGCGUAUAAUAGUGGUGUUCAGAGGCCUAGGAUGGUGAAGUCGAUGUUCUCUAAAGGCAUUAGACUUUGGGGGUAUCGCGAGGUAAAGCGAGGUAAAGCGAGGAGCAUAGGAAUAACUUAGUUAUUUCGCAAAGCAUUCUAACCCAACCUAUGGAAGCUUGAGC